GCCAACGAUGGCAAUAACACCUCCAUUAACCUCCUCCCUUUGUGGCACUGCAAGGGCCUUCCUUCUCCAGCUCCUUGAGGCGGAUUCUCUCUGAGAAUCCAGGGCACUCUGAGGCUUCCUGUGAACCCCUUCUAGCUUUCUUUCCUUUGCAACCUCCCGCUGCUUCCCUAUUUCCUCCAGGAAGCCUUCCCGGAAUGGCCUCAGUGGCUUUGCUUGGGCCAUCCCUCCCUGUCCCUCAGCACUGAAGUCCCAGUUUCCUUCCUGCUUCCUUGUCUUUGGGGAUGCCUAUUUCUCCACCAGCCCGGGAGCUCCGAGGGCAGGGUCUGGGUCUCCCUCUCUUUUGGCUCUGCACAUGCCGGACACUUGUUCUCCAGGCAUGUCAGAGUAAGUCAGCUGGAGCCAAGUGACAGACACAGUCAGGUCAAGAGCAUCUUGCUCUCCAAGGCCCAGCCCAGGUACAGGAGCGGAUAAAAGUCUCGUGCUGGGGCCCCAGGGCAGAAACGCACACACCUUGACAAUCCGUCUGUUGGUCUGCAGCUGUGUGACUGCCUGUCUCUGCCAUGCCUCUCUCCCCGUGCCGGGCCCAGAGGGGCUUCAGCACUCGCUCAGCCUGUUCCACUCGUUCAAGGGGCUGCAGCAGUGUUGGCUUCAGCAGCAGGAGCCUUAAUUCCUUUGGGGGGUGCCUGAGGGGCUCUUGCUGGAGCACCUGGGGGUCAGGGGGAAGGUUUGGGGAGCAGAGUGGUGGGCCUGGACUUUCCCUGUGCCCUCCGGGGGGCAUCCAAAAAGUGACCAUCAACCAGAAUCUGCUGACCCCACUGAAGAUGGAGAUUGACCCCCAGUUCCGGGUGGCGCGGACGCAGGAGACCCAGGAGAUCAGAACCCUCAACAACCAGUUUGCUUCCUUCAUUGACAAGGUGCAGUUCCUGGAGCAGCAAAACAAGGUCCUGGAAACCAAGUGGUGCCUGCUGCAACAGCAGGGGGUGAGAGGCCGCCCGCAGGGCCUGGAGCCUGUCUUUGAGGCCUGUCUGGCCCAGCUCAGGAAGCAGCUGGAGCAGCUCCAGGGAGAACGAGGGGCUCUGGAUGCAGAGCUGAAGGCCUGCCGGGACCAAGAGGAGGAGUAUAAGUCCAAGUACCAGGAGGAGGCCCACAGGCGCACCACACUUGAAAAUGACUUUGUGGUCCUCAAGAAGGAUGUGGAUGGGGUUUUCCUGAGCAAGAUGGAGUUGGAGGGCAAGCUGGAAACUCUGAGGGAGUACAUCUGCUUCUUGAAGCGUCUGUAUGAAGAAGAGCUGGCCCAGCUCCAGAACCAGGACAGCGACGCAUCUGUGGUGCUGUCCAUGGACAACAACCGCCACCUGGACUUCAGCAGCAUCAUCACCGAGGUCCGCGCCCGGUACGAGGAGAUAGCCCGGACCAGCAAGACUGAGGCUGAGGCCCUGUUCCAGACCAAGUACCGGGAGCUUCAGGUAUCUGCCCAGAUUCAUGGGAACAGCAUUCAGGAAACCAAAGUCGAGAUCUCUCAGCUGCACCAAGAGAUUCAGAGGCUGCAGAGUCAGAUUGAGAACCUCAAGAAGCAGAAUGCCAGCCUGCAGGGCGCCAUUGCUGAUGCCGAGCAGCACGGGGAGCUGGCCCUCAAGGAUGCUCAGGCCAAGGUGGAUGAGUUGGAGGCCGCUCUGAGGAUGGCCAAGAAGAACUUGGCCCAGCUGCUGCGUGAGUACCAGGAGCUGAUGAGCACGAAGCUUUCCCUGGAUGUGGAGAUCGCCACCUACCGCAGGCUGCUGGAGAGCGAGGAGUACAGGAUGUCUGGGGAGUGUCCCAACCAGGUCACUAUCUCCUCAGUGGGAGGCAGUGCUGUCGUGUCUGGAGGAGUUGGUGGAGGCCUGGGGGGCACCUGUGGACUCGGUGGCGGCAAAGGCAGCUCUGGGUCCCGCUGCACCAGCAUCAUGAUUGGAGGCUCCAGCAUCCUCCUGGGCUCUGGGAAGGACCCGGUUUUGGGGUCCUGCUCUGUGUCUGGCUCCAGCUCUGGCUCCAGCUGCCACACCAUCCUGAAGAAGACAGUUGAGUCAAGUCUGAAGACAUCCAUCACCUACUGAGUGACCCAGCAGCCAUGUCCUUCCUGAAUGUGUUUGGCCUGCUCCCCGCAUCAGCCGGCUCUGCAAGGCCAACUCGGUAUCCACUGCCCACAGCCCAAGCCAGCCCACAGUGGAUGCUGCAAAAAUCAAUAAAAUCUCCCUGCCUG